UUAUGUGGGGCGGGUGAUUGGGGGCAGUGCGGUGGGGGAAGCCGGGCGGCUCCCUGGCUCGGCAGAGCGGCCCCGUCGCUGUGGCACCACACUUGCCCUGACCGAACAAUGUCUCCCAAAUGUUGGUUGUUCACUUGUUUAGAAUUAUAAUUUAUAUCGUGAGCAUUGUCGUAUAUUGCAUAAGUAACGUACAUUAAAGAAGUGAUCUUCGUGAUGAUGUAUUAACUAGAUGCAUGUAAGUAUGAACGUUACGGGAGUAAUCGAGCCCAAAGGCAGGCGUGAUAAACACAGUGAGUAUGUUGGCAACUCCCUCACUAGAGCUGAGUGCUGGAUGAUCUCAGCGACGUCCGCAUUCAGUACGCCGCUUCUAUAAUAUCCUCGGGCCUGUAGGACACUCGGUUCGAAUUCGUGAGAGCGCUGAUUUCGGUAAAUAAAAGCGACGUCUUGAGAUGGCGGAAACUGCUCCUGCUCAACCACCAGCUGCGGCUACUUCAGCGCCUAAAAGCCCCAAGAAGAAGCGCGCCGCUCCAAAGGCCAAGAAGGUCGGCCCCAGCGUGUCCGAGCUCAUCCUCAAGGCUCUGGCCAGCAGCAAGGAGAGGAACGGCGUGUCUCUUCCUGCGCUCAAAAAGUCGCUUGCUGCCGGAGGAUACGACGUGGAGAAGAACAAUGCCCGCGUGAAGUUGGCCAUCAAGAAGCUCGUGGCCAAAGACGCCGUGGCGCAAGUGAAGGGCAGCGGCGCGUCUGGCUCUUUCAAACUCAACAAGGAAAAGGCUGCCGCAAAGGCGAAGCCCAAGUCGUCAACGGCAAAGCCCGCAGCUAAAAAGCCCGCGGCAGCCAAGAAGGUGAAGAAGCCCGCGGCAGCCAAGAAGACCGCGCCCAAGAAGUCUCCCAAGAAAGCAAAGAAGCCCGCGGCUGCCAAGGCGGCCAAGAGCCCCAAAAAGGUGAAGUCGGCUGUUAAGCCCAAGAAGGCGGCGAAGAGCCCAGCCAAGCCCAAGGCUGCGAAGCCCAAGGUCGCUAAGCCCAAGACCGUCAAGGCCAAGGCCGCCAAACCCAAGGUGGCCAAGCCCAAGAAGGCCGCGGCCAAGCCCAAGAAGACUGCGCCAAAGAAGUGAAUCCGAUGGGACGACCGACGCUCGAUUCACUCCACCUCAACGGCUCUUUUCAGAGCCACCCACUUCGUUAAAAAAGUGAACCAGAUGCUGCUGCGCUUCAAUUAGUUCAAAUUAACUGUGUAACAUUUCACCCACUCGAUGUGUUUUAAGCAUUGAUGUGAUGGGAGUGAUCGAGCCCGAAAGCAGGGAUCACAAACAGGCGAGGCGGGUGGCAGCUCCCUCACUCGAACUGAGUGCAGAGUAAUCUCAGCGACGUCAGCAUUCUCGCUGGCGAUUCUAAUCUAAAUCCAGAUUCAAAAUCGAUGCAUUCUUGACGAACCUCCAAUUUUGAUUAUGUGUUGCACCUCUUCAUUCCGUCAUCAUGCUACUGGUGCCAAAUAUGGAAUUUAGUCUAAAAAUGUAUUGAUUCCAGACAGCUUUACUCAUUUGCCUUCAUUCGCUCGUUCUCGCCUUUUCACUUUGUUUUUGUUUUGUAAACAUUGCGGUGCACCAUCUAAACUUCUCUAUUAAAUUAAUUUAUAUACGUAAAUAUCGCAUUGUUUGCAAUGUCUUUCUUACUUUGGGAGAACUAGUUGGUGACGUUCACUCAACUAUUGUAUUAUUCACUCUACGUGCAAUCUUGCAACAGAUGGCGUUCCUCUGGCGUUCGCUGCGGGUGUGCCAAUAUCAUUCCAGAGUGCUUCGAAGAAGGGCCAUUGCCCAAAACGUCGCAUAUUAUACAUGUCAAGGAAGUGUUAUUGACGACGGUGGAGGGUUUUCUUCGUCGCAGAGGUUAAAGGUGGAAGGUUUAAGGCGGAGCCAUCGCGGAGGGCAGGGGUGGUCGGUGACGUCGCCACGCUUCGGGUAUAAAGGCGGCUGCUGCUGCAAGCUGAGCGCGCAGUCUCUCGCGAGGAGCUUUGUCACAAGUAGUCG